CGGUGGAUGCGGCCGCGGCCCGGCGGGGCCGAGCGCCCGCCAUGUCGGACCCGAGCUGCUGGGGAGCCGCCCCGCCCGGUUACCGGGGCCAGCGGGCAGCCGGUGCCCUGCUGCAGCGCUCCAAGAGUUGCCGAAGCAGCAAUAGGAAGAGUUUAGUGGUGGGCACCCCCUCCCCGACCCUCUCACGACCUCUCUCUCCACUCUCUGUGCCAACAGCUGGGAGCAGCCCCUUGGACAGCCCACGCAACUUCUCUGCCAGCACCUCCAUCAACUUCCCCUUCGCUCGCAGCCAUGCUCCUCGGACUGACAGGGCUGAUGGCAGAAGGUGGUCACUGGCUUCGCUACCCUCCUCUGGCUAUGGGACCAACACCCCCAGCUCCACUGUCUCGUCGUCCUCGUCCUCCCAGGAGCGGCUGCACCAGCUGCCGUACCAGCCCACCCCCGACGAGCUGCAUUUCCUUUCUAAGCACUUCCGCAGCACGGAGAGCGUCACGGAUGAGGAGGGGAGGCACUCGCCCUGCCUGCGCCCGCGCUCCCGCAGCCUCAGCCCUGGACGGACGAGUGGAACGUUUGAUAAUGAGGUUGUGAUGAUGAACCAUGUCUACAAGGAGAGGUUCCCCAAGGCCACAGCCCAGAUGGAAGAGCGUCUGCAGGACACCAUCACAAACUUCUCUCCAAGCAGCACUCUGCCACUGGCAGAUGGGGUGCUGGGCUUCAUCCACCACCAGAUCAUCGAGCUGGCCCGUGACUGCCUGGCAAAGUCCCAGGGAGCUCUCAUCACCUCCCGCUACUUCAUGGAGCUGCAGGAAAAACUGGAGAAGAUGCUCCGAGACGCUCAGGAGCGUUCGGAGAGCGAGGAGGUAAAGUUCAUCGACCAGCUGGUGAGGAAGCUGCUCAUCAUCAUCUCCCGUCCUGCUCGCCUUCUAGAGUGCCUGGAGUUUGACCCAGAGGAAUUUUACCAUCUCCUGGAAGCUGCAGAAGGACAUGCCAAAGUUGGCCAGGGAAUAAAGACUGAUAUUCCCCGAUACAUCAUCAGCCAGCUGGGACUCGUCAAGGACCCACUGGAGGAAAUGGUCCAGCUGGAUCACUUUGACAGUGGGAACACCAUCACGCCAGAGAACGAUGAUGCCUGUGAGAGCCAACCUUUGGCCAUAGUUCCUCGGAGGAAGCCCUGUGAAGGGGAUUUUGAGACCAUCAAGCUGAUCAGCAAUGGGGCUUAUGGGGCCGUGUUCCUGGUGAGGCACAGGGAGAGUCGGCAGCGUUUCGCCUUGAAGAAAAUCAACAAGCAGAAUCUCAUCCUGAGGAACCAGAUCCAGCAGGUGUUUGUGGAGAGGGACAUCCUCACCUUCGCAGAGAACCCCUUCGUGGUCAGCAUGUUCUGCUCCUUCGAGACGAAGCGACACCUCUGCAUGGUGAUGGAGUAUGUGGAAGGGGGGGAUUGUGCCACUUUGCUGAAGAACAUGGGCCCGCUGCCCGUCGACAUGGCCAAGAUGUACUUUGCUGAGACUGUUCUGGCGCUGGAGUAUCUCCACAACUAUGGCAUCGUCCACCGAGACCUCAAACCUGACAAUUUGCUCAUCACCUCCAUGGGCCACAUAAAGCUGACAGACUUUGGUCUGUCAAAAAUCGGCUUGAUGAACAUGACCACGAACCUCUACGAAGGGCACAUGGAGAAGGACACUCGGGAGUUCAUGGACAAGCAGGUGUGUGGCACUCCGGAGUACAUCGCCCCCGAAGUCAUCCUCAUCCAGGGCUAUGGGAAGCCAGUCGACUGGUGGGCCAUGGGCAUCAUCCUCUACGAGUUCCUGGUGGGCUGCGUCCCCUUCUUUGGAGACACCCCCGAGGAGCUCUUCGGACAGGUCAUCAGUGAUGAAAUUAUGUGGCCAGAAGGGGACGAGGCUCUUCCCGCAGACGCCCAGGACCUGAUCACACGCUUGCUGAGACAGUGUCCCCUCGAGCGCCUGGGCACCGGGGGAGCGCAUGAGGUGAAGCACCAUUCCUUCUUCCUCCACCUGGACUGGAACGGGCUGCUGCGGCAGAAGGCCGAGUUCAUCCCCCAGCUGGAGUCGGAGGAUGACACCAGCUACUUUGACACUCGCUCCGAGAGGUACCGUCACUUGGAUUCUGAGGAUGAAGAAACUAAUGAUGAGGAGUCAUCUGUGGAGAUUGGGCAGUUCUCCUCCUGCUCCCAUCGCUUCAGCAAGGUGUACAGCAGCUCUGAAUUCCUGGCAGCUAAUUCCAGCCUCAGCCUCUUGUCCUCUGACCGGAGUCACGGCGAGGACAAAGAGGAGCGAUGGGACAGGCACUCGGGAGAUGAGGACAAGAGCCGGCUGGCAGGCGCAGAGCCCCGGCUCCGCUCCUGGACGUCCUGCAGCUCCACACCGUACACCUCCCGGCACGAGCGGAGCCGCAGCCCGGCCGCGCUGUCCAGCACCUACAGCCUGGACACCAUGCCCAAGUUUGCCUUCUCCUCAGAGGAUGAAAGCCCUUGUGUGGCAGCCUCCAAGCCAGAGAGGCCCAAGUUUGUGCUGGGAGACCCUGACGCGGGGACUGGCAGCACGGUGAAGCCGUCGGCGUUAUCCGCUGAUCUUGUCAGCUUGAACCGCAUCCGCCUCCGAAGCAACAGCACCGGCACCAAAAACUCGAGUCCCCGGGGCCUGGAGCCAGGCGGGAGCCGUCGGCUGGGCAGCCAGAAGGACGUGCCGGACAGGCAGAGAGCCUCACCGGGCAGCCGCGUCCCCAAGUCCGCCUCUGUCUCAGCCCUGUCCCUCAUCAUCACGUCAGAUGACUUCAGCAGCGGUGCCCUGAUGAGCCCCAUCUCCCCUCACUCCCUCUCGUCCAACCCCUCUUCCCGGGACUCGUCCCCAAGCCGAGACUCGUCCCUCGCCAUUGCCAGCCUGCGGCCCCCCAUCAUCAUCCACAGCUCUGGCAAGAAGUACGGCUUCACCCUGCGAGCCAUCCGCGUCUACAUGGGGGACAGCGACGUCUACACUGUCCACCAUAUGGUCUGGAGCGUGGAAGAGGGGAGCCCUGCGCAGGAGGCGGGGCUGAGGGCAGGGGAUCUCAUCACACACGUGAACGGUGAAUCCGUCCUGGGUUUGGUUCACCGGGAUGUCGUGGAGCUGCUGCUGAAGAGUGGGAAUAAGGUGGCCCUGCGGACCACUGCCCUGGAAAACACCUCCAUUAAAAUCGGCCCCGCUCGGAAAAACAGCUCCAAGACAAGGAUGGCACGGAGGAGUAAGAAGAGCAGGAAAAGGGAUGGCCAGGACAGGAGAAAAUCCCUUUUCAAGAAGAUCUCCAAGCAGUCGUCGGUCCUGCACACCAGCCGCAGCUUCUCCUCCGGUCUCCAUCACUCGCUGUCCUCCAGCGAGAGCCUCCCGGAGUCCCCCACGCACAGCCUGUCCCCGGGGCCCACGACGCCGUGCCGCAGCCCCGCUCCCGACCUGCCCCCAGAUGCUGUGUCCCCGCAGAGCACUUCUCCCUCCUCCAGCACCCCGACGUCACCCGCCGGCCACGUGCGCCCCAGCUCCCUGCACGGGCUGGCACCCAAACUGGGUGGGCAACGCUACAAAGUGGGACGUCGCAAAUCCACCAGCAGCAUCCCCCCCUCGCCCCUCGCCUGCACCCCUUCCUCAGCCCAGCGCCCGCCUUCUCCCCAGCGCUCCCCAUCCCCGCUCCCAGGCUUCUCCAAAACCCCUCAUUCCUUCCAGGGCAAGACCCUGUCUCCCCCCACCAUCGUCCGGCAGAGCUCACGGCCCCGCAGCGCCGACUGCCCCCGCUCCCCGCUCCUCAAACGCGUCCAGUCGGCCGAGAAGAUCGUCACCAUCCUGGCAGAGAAGAAAUGUGCCGGCGGCCGCAAGCUGGGGCUGGAGAUGCCAGCGAUGGAUGGGGAGCCCAUCGGGGAGGGUGAAAUGCUGGUGUACCCCAGCGAGCACGGUUAUCACCCCGCCAGCUCCCGGCUUGGCGACAGGCACGACCGGGACCAGGAGAUGGUAGUGAUGCGGCGCUUGAACCUCUCGGAGCGCCGGGACUCCUUCAAGAAGCAAGAAGCGGUUCAAGAAGUGAGCUUUGAUGAGCCGGAGCCGGUGCCAGCCAGCGAGGAUGGCGACAAGGGCGAAGGCGGGCAGGGCACGGCUCUGCGGUGCGGCGGCGCUGAGCCCAAGCCCAAGCACAGCCCCGUCCCACAGAUCGCGGUGCAGGGCUCCGAGAGCGACGAGCAGGAGCCGGCGGCGGCCGAGUGGGAGUGCCAGGGCUCCUACCCCAUCGGCAACGCCGCGCAGCCGGCCGGCAGCGUCCCGUCACCGCGCUGGGAUGGCUGUGUGCGCUGGGACCACGGCUCCCGGCAGCACCAGAACUGCGGGGAGACGGCAACUGGCCACCAGCAACCACCACAGCUGCCUGCGGCGCUGCCGGCGCGGGGCCAGGAGCCGGGGGCUCGGCUGCCAGCGCCCCAGGGCAGCGGCUGGAGCGGGGCCGAGCACGCCUGAGCCCCAACACCCGGAGCCGGGGAUGGUUCCCACUGCCCACAGCAUCCCACCGCCUCCCCAGAUAAUCCGUGUCCAUGAGGUAACCGUCCCCAGAGCCGUUUGGGACGUCGCAGCGGCCGGGCUGGCUGUGCCCCGGCGCUCAGCCUCCCCCGGAGGCGUUUUGUACUCCCCAGAAGAUGCUGAUAUUUUUAUAGAGACGUGGGAGCUCUCCCGGCGCGCGGCGUUGCCCCGGCAGGCCCCGACCUUUGUGUACAGACAGGACUGGAUGCAAAUACUCAUUCAUUAAUUUAUUACUUUUUAUAAGCUAAAGGGGCAGCGCAGGCUCUGACCCGGCCCCGCAGCGUCUCGCAGCCACACGACACCCCCUUUUCUAACCUUGCAAAGACCCGCUCCCCUCUGCCCACUUUUUAACUGCAGUUUUAGCUGGAAACACCCCAAAGCUCCUGAGAAACCUCCCUCAGGGGAGUAAUUGACAUAUUUAAAAUAGAUUAAAAACCCCCCAACAAAUCUCAUGAGGGUCACCAAGGGCAAGGGCAGAGUUCCCCUGCACCUGGGGAGGAACAAGCCCAGCACCAGCACAGGCUGGGGGUGACCUGCUGGGGAGCAGCUCCAGAGGAAGGACCUGGGAGUGCUGGUUGAUAAUAAACUGACCAUGAGCAGCAACGUGCCCCCAUGGCCAAGAGCCAAUGGCAGCCUGGGGGCAGCAAGGAGAGGGUGGGCAGCAGGCUGAGGGAGGUUCUGCUCUCCCUCUGCUCUGCCCUGCUGAGGCCUCAUCUGGAGUCCUGUGGCCAGUUCUGGGCUCCCCAGCUGCAGAGGGACAGGGAACUGCUGGAGAGAGGCCAGUGCAGGGACAACAAGAUGCUGAGGGGACUGGAGCAUCUUCCUUGUGAGGAAAGGCUGUGGGACCUGGGGCUGUUCAGUCUGGAGAAGAGGAGACUGAGGGGGGAGCUCAUGAAUAUUGACCAAUAUCUCACUGGUGGGUGUCAGGAGGUUGGGGCAGCACUUGUUUCUGUUGUAUCAAGUGACAGGACAAGGGGUGAUGGGAAUACAGAAAGUUCCACUUAAUCAUGAGGAAAAACUUUCAGUGUUUGAGUGAGGGAGCCCUGGCCCAGGCUGCCCAGGGAGGGUGUGGAGGCUCCUUCCUUGGAGGGCUUCAAACCCCCCUUGACACAUUCCUGUGUGACCUGAUCUAGGUGGGAGCUGCUUUAGCAGGGGGUUGGGCUGGACGAGUUCUAAAGCUCUCUCCCAAUUCCCCCAUGCUGUGAUUUGAUGAAACCCACAGCAACAUCCCCCAGCCACUGGCAGCCCAAGCUGGGAGGCAUCAGGCAGAUUUUACACUCGUGGUGUGUUGUAUGGUGAUGCACAGUUCGCUUUAUGAGCCUACAGCGGCUGUAAAGGCUGAUGUUGAAGCCUUUUGGAGCCACUCGGCUCCAUCAGCUCUUCCAAGUGGGAAAAGCAGAGACCUCCCCACAGGGUUUAACAAUUGGAUGUGAAUAUUAAUGGCAUCUUUAUGGUCUGUUCUCACUCUGUGCAUUUCUUCUGCCCCUGCAUCCCAUGGGGUUCCUUACAGACAGCCAGAAAAAGCCAAGAUUCCAUUUUCUUCUCAAAACCCCAACCCAGCGAGUGCCUGUGCUGCUGCUUCAGCUCUAACUUGGAGAUUUCAACCUCCCCUCUCCCCCCACCUCACUUUUUAUCCAACAACCUCCAGCUCAGCCCAUCAUUUCCCCCCCAUUUCUACUCUUUUCUAUGACAGCGACGUUGCCAUUUGAUAACGCACAGACCAGCUCUUCCCCCGUCCCCCAGCCCCGCCGUGGUUCGCUGUCCCGGUGCUUUGAGCACCACGCUGGCGAUGCUGGGCCCUUCCCUGCUUUGCGUGUGUGUGUGUGUGUGUGUGUGUGUGUGUGUGUGUGAGUGUGGUUUAUGCCAGGCUCCACAUCUUGCUUCUCCCACUGUUAAACCAGCGCCAGAGCUCCUUGGUGUUUCCUUUGCUUCUUCCUCCACCGUCUGGAUGAAGGUGUUGGGGUUUAGGGGGGCACUCUGGCACCCCCUGCCCACUGGCACUGCAGGAAGGGGGGCUCAGCUGUGUGCUGGGGGAGUGGAUAUGGUGUUAAAGCCAAGGGGCCUGUGUCCUGCCCAGCACCCGCCUCUGUUCUGACCUUCAGGAAGGUUUAUGUUGUAUUAAAGUUGUUCCUGGUGA